UUCGUCCGUGUCCUUGUCCGUUGUUUUCCGCUUCACUUCUCGUCCACUUUUCUCUCUCCUCAUUAUCUUUCCGUGCGCUUCUCCUGCUUGCUUCCUUCGUACCUACUUUAUGUUUCUCCAUUUUUUGUCUUCUCUUUCUUCCUCUUCAUCGUCUCCCUACCCGUCUUCGCCUUCCUCCCCACUCCUGGAGCUCUCCUCUCUUGCGCUUGCGCUUUGUCCCACUUUCAUUUUCUUCGUAUUCGAAUCCUACGUGGUGCUUCAAGCUUCAUUGAUCAUCCUCAGGGUGUGUAGUGUGCCCUUUUUACCCACAGUACUCUUAUUCUUUGCCGCAUUCUAAAAUACAUCGCUUCACAGGUGCAAGUGCCCUCAAUACCAUGUUCAUCCUUAC